AUGGUGGUGCUGACGGGCCGGGAGGCCGGAGGCGGGCAGGCCCCGGAGGAGCCCUACCUGAGGAUUGAAGACUGCCUGCCUCCUCUGGGGAGCUCCCCAUCCAAGAGGUUCUCCCCCUCCAAACGGAAGCAGUACUACAUCAACCAGGCCAUCCGCAACUCCGACCUCAUCCCAAAGGCCAAGGGGCGCAAGAGCCUUCAGCGGCUGGAGAACACUCGGUACCUGAUGACCCUGCUGGAGCGGGACGAAUGUGGGAAUGACGAUGGGGAACUCACGCACUCGGCUGCCCCAAGCAUCUUCACGGAGGCCUGCAACAACGAAACAUACAUGGAGAUCUGGAAUGACUUCAUGAACCGGUCUGGUGAGGAACAGGAGAGGGUCCUACUCUACCUAGAGGAAGAGGCCAAGAACAAGCACAAGAGGAAGCUCCCUGUUAAAGCGGAGGACAAGUGGAAAGAGCAUCCUGCUUACACGCCGAAAGAAUGUUUCCAGCGCAUCAGCCGCCGGCUUCGCACCACCCUGAGACGAGGCAGGAUCCCUAUGGGGACCCUGGAGUGUCUGGAGGAGGAGUUACUGGCCUUUUUCUCCGUCACCCCUCACUCCGUCUACACAGCGAUGAUGGACAAUAGCUUUGAGCGGCUGCUGCUCCACGCUCUCUGCCAGUACAUGGACCUCGUCUCUGCCAGUUCUGACUUUGAAGGGAAACGCCAAAUGAAAGUGAGCAACAAACACAGAGACUUCCUGCCCCCGGAGUUACUGCUGUCCGCCUACUUGGAGCAGAUGAGCUGAUAGGUCUGGAAGACAUCCCACUCAGUGCUCUGAAGGCUUCUACGAUCCCCAAAUCUGCUCUCCGUCCACUCAGUCCUCGGCGUACAAAGGGGGGGGGGUCCCCACCCUCUCAGACGAUUCUCUGCACUUGUGUGAUGGUCUAACCGGCGGGUGGGUUUGUGUGGAGCCGGUUAGAUCACCGCCCCCUGGGCCCUGCUUCAAGAUCAGAAGUCUUCCCUUGCCCAUCGCUGAAGUCCUGCAGGCAUCUCCCGCAGCUGCCACUCUCUCUUCCCCGUGUGGCAAAGCUGUUGCAACACUGGGGUGUGACUUCCAGCUUCCUCCCCACCCCCGGGGUGCUCCUGGUUCCACCCAAGGCUUCUCCGUACUGCUCCUGGUACCCAGGGGAGGGCACCAUCUCUGCUGCUCGCAGGGGGGCCUGGCAGAGGCCUGCAAGCACCCCCCAGGCAGACCACUCUGUUGGGGGUGGAACCACCUGCUGGACAGCCCAAAAGGUCAACCUUCAUCAUGCUCAAGUGUCCAACCCCCACUCAAGGACUGAGGACUCUGCCUCUCUGGAAGCCUUUGCUCUGGGUGGGCAGAGUCCUGGUUGGAGUGGGUGAGGGGGUAGGAGCUGACUCCAGGGUCUCCCCUGCUGCCUGUAGGCUGGUGGGAGGUGAGGAAGCGUUGGCCCUGCAGGCUUCCCUCAGCGGCCCAUCGACACUGUCAAAUGCAUAUCGGCUGUUGUUGCGAUACUGUUCCCUCUUGUCGCGUAGAUGGGAUCUUGAUUGUGUCUCUUCUGCCCCCCAAGCCAUGUUCCGGAUUCAGGAUCCAGCCAGGUUCGGAGUGAUGGUGAAAGUCCUGUUCACGUCAAAUGGAAUCGUGCUUUUUUAACCAUGCUGGGGGAACAAGAUCGCUUCUGAAUAGUGAAGAUGGGCCCUUCAUCUCAGCCCCUUCGGGCCACAUCCUGCCCUCAUUUCUCUGACUCACUGGCCUCUUAGCUUGGCAGGGGGACUCCAGGACCUGCUGCUGCCGCCAGAUAUCACCAUGCUUAAGGGGCGAGACCAGUCUGCCGAGCCCUGCCUGGGGUGUGGCGCUAUCUCCCAGCAGUAGCUGCGCUCCCUGGAACCGUGAGUGUCUACACGCCAGCUCAUUUCAACACAAACAAACAACCUGUCCCUGGGGGACUCUGGCUUCCCCUGGGGCUGAAUUUGGAGCAGUAUUUUUGUGACAAAACGGUUCCCUUUUGGCCUUAGCAUUUCAGCUGCUCUGACCUGGCCCUUGAGCAUCUGAAUUGGUCUCAUUCCCCAGCUCAGCAAACACUUCGACAGGUGCCUGAAGCUUAAGCACGGGCUGAAGUGCUUUGCUGAAUCGGGGCCUGAACGUCCAGCAGCUGGUGGAGCAGAUCACUUGUAAGUUGCAUGUCACAAACCCAGGGCGGCAGGGGAAUUACCACAGACUGCAGCAGCCUUGCAGGGUCGGGGGCAGGCACUGCUUUGGUUGGUGCCUAACCCUGUUUCCGCUCGCUACCCACCACAGAGUUAGUGCUUUAAAGCACCACGGCUCAGCCCUACAUACAAUCCAGUGGCGUACAGGGGGCGUAGAUCUCCCCCCGAAUGCACGCAUUAGCACUUACCUAGCCUCAUCUCUGUGAAAGGCAAAGGAGUGAAAGAUCUGUGUGAAAAGCUCGAAGGAGUGUCGUAGCAGGACUUGGUGGCCCCCUCCCCUGCUGGCUGCUUGGUUUUGGACUAGGGAGAGCGAUCUGUUAGCGCCCACAGAAGCUCAGAGGAGAAGCUGUCCAGGGAGCCAGCCCCGAGUGGGAGUAACUAGCCCAUUGUUUAGUGCAUCCGUGUGGAUUGGCAUUGAGCAAACAUCCCCCUGAAGCCGGAUCGCUAUCGUUUAAGCUUUGGUACAGUUAUCAGUGAGACAUUGAACACAAAGCUCUGGCUUUCUCUGCAGUGCGGGGGCCUUUUCUGAAUAUGGUGUGUCAUUUAUGCAGGUUUGUGAUUGUGGAAUCGAAGCCAGGCCCCUGGCAGUCCUGCCGCUCGCAAGCGGGGCGGGGUGGUCAGAGCUGAACGUCUCCGCUUGGGCCACCUGGGUCUGCCAGGGGUUUCCGGCGGAUGGGGAGGGCGGGGGGGGGGGGUUAUAUCAUGGUACAAUUUAAAUAGCUCCGUUUCCAGCUUUCUAGUGCCGUGAAGAGCCUGUUGGGAUGUGUGUGGUUUUUAAUAUGUAUACUACGUGUUGCGGUGUUUAAUUUGGUGCAUCUCAAGAGCUGCUCUCCCCUGUACAUAGCAGCUGGUUUAAAGGGAUGGGCCGGGUUUGAUUCAUCACCAGCUUGCGCUGCCUGUGUCCCUGAUCCAGCCCUGUGGGGAACAGCUCCUGUAUUGGAAUUCUCUGCAGGUGAGUAGUGAAGAAUCCCGACUGAGGAGCGCUCUCCGCACAGGCUCAGGGCGUGAGUCUCCUCUCCGUUGGUUUCACUGGAGUUACUCCUGACUUAUACGGGUUAGUGACCAGAAUGAGGCUCCCAGAGGGCAGGAUCGGGCCCAGUCCCCCUCUUCUCACUGAGCACCAGUGUAGAUCGUGCGUGAGGCUGUACAGCGAGUGGGUGGAGAAUCGGGCUCCGUUGACAUCUCUUCCCUUGUAAACCAGCUGGAUGUAAAAAACUUUUUCAGCAAAAAAACCUCUCACACACAGCCACAGAGAUUUGCUUUGGACAGCCGUGCUCUCCCGGGCGAGGGUCUGGUCUAGCCGGACAAUGCAGCGCUUGACUUCCCAUGGGCGUGUCUGACCCACGCACCAUUCGGGGAGCUGCUCUGGGCAGAGAAGGCCGACUCCUGCGAGAGUCCCUGCUUUGCUCUGCCGUGGGGUCUGGCUUCCCCUCCUGCCAUCUCUGCACGCUGCCUCUCCAGCCCGUGCUCCUGAAAGCCCUGGUCUGGUGAGACGACGCAAACCAAAGCGAUCUUGGCACGGGCAGUGCCUCCGUGCAGCCCAGCACGCAGUCAGGACCGUACUGCGGUUUGUAACGUGGAUAUGGAUGUUGUGUGUUGUGCUUCUGGGAAUGGUGAUCGAUUUUUCUUUUUAAUUGUGUCAGUCGUAUCCGCCAGCUCUUGCCUCGGUUGAAAGGACCGUCACCUGUUUUAACGGCAGCCUUCACCUGCUGUCUUUGAGCAGAUCCAUGCGUGGGACGGCGCCUGUGUGGAGUUUGUAAUGCUUUAAUCUGCUAUCAACCAGAGGCCAAAACUGGGGCUUCUGCUGAAAGGGGAAAAAACAAAAAAAUUUCCUUCUGAGCUGACUCAGCUGUUGAAAGUAUGUGCACAAGGACAAUAAAUCAUGGUGCUCCGGA